AUGGGGAGUGAAGAGGUCCCGAAGCUCUUUGCAAUGGCCAUGCGUUACCAAACAGGAGACGACGUGAAGACGCCUUUUGGUCCAGGACGUGUGCGUAAUUGCAGUGAUUAUAAGACACAUGUAGAGGUGACGUUAGCAGGUGGCGUUGUAUUAUACGCGAGAAGAGGCUGCUUAAUGCCCGAGUUCCGCAUGUUGCAGUGUGGAGAAAUGCCAAGACUUACGAGAGUGAUGGUCUUACAAAUGAAUGGAAAAGAAGGUGUGGUACUGAAUUAUAUCGUUUCAGAGCAAAAAUAUCAAGUGUUGAUUGACGAUGAAAACGUGGUCAGUGCUGAGGAGAAGGUUCAAAAGGCGUCAGAUGAGCGUACAAAACUACUGACGGUGCGUGAAUUUACAAUGCUGUUGAAAGAAGAGCUUCGUCUGACAAAAGAGACUCGCGUUCGGACGAGUUUUGGGCUUGGAAACAUUAUAAAUUACAAAAGCUCACAUGAUUUGUACGUUGUGCAAUUGGACUGCGGUAGCGUUGGCUAUUUGCGAGCCCAGGACGUUGCUUGUGUCGAUCUCCGACUGCUGGCGAAGGUUCCUAAGCCUUUGUCUGCAGAGAGGAUUUACGACGAGUUUCAGGGCCGGAUCACACGUGAUGACGCAGCUUUGCUGAGCCUUAAGGCGAAACAGACGUACGACCGCCUUCAAAUGUUCUGCGAGCAGCACGCCAAUACCAUCUCAUUUAUCUCUACAAAUGCGUCCUACGGCGAUCAGUACACGAAAGCAUUGGCUUCGUUGCUUGACCCCAGCUUUUCACACGCUACGAAGCGCUUGAAGAAUGCAAGUGGGAAAGAACUCGAGCGUUUGAAGGAGAUGGCGGUCUCUGCAAAGACGAUGCUGGAGGGCGACCUGCUUGAAGGUAUGGACUCUGCUGUUUUUUUCGCAAAAGCAGCGAAUGUUUUGAGCCGAUUGAAGAACAGUGAGGAGAUCAAGAAUCUGCAAUCAAGCCUUCGUGAGAAGGCCAGCUCAGAACUCGCCUCUGCCCGACAGAAAGUUUUUUCUCAGGAUAGUACUUCUUCGUCGCUACUGGUAUCGUCACAAGAAGAGAAAAAACUUGUUUUAUCACAGAUUUUGCAAGUUGUAGAGAGCAAAAUGUACGCGCAAAAGCCGCGUCUGGAUGCGCUGAAAGCGUCUUUGGAGCGUCAGGAUCUGCAGUCAGAAGUCUUUGCGAAACUGCAACAGCACGAAAGCGACAUAAUCAAGGCUCAAGAGAUAAUUGGUCACUUUGAACAAAUGGCAAGCAAGACGCUUAGUGUGAACUCAGUGGUCGAGCUGGACCCUAACAUGCUAGUGCAAAAAGCUGAGGAAUUGUUACCGAAAUUGUCAUUGAAGGCCGAGGUUUUGGCUCAUGCAUCUGAAAAGUGUUGGAUGCAGAUGCAGCAGACAUCACAUGGACAGACGUUGAUGAAGAAAGCAAAGGCACUGGUUCAGUCUGUGGAAAACCCUGACGAGUUCUGUGAUAAUGUGACGAAAGCUAUUGGCGAAAUUAAGCUGGACAAGUUCGCCCAGUGGGGGACCACGAUAUCAAAGAACCGUGAGAAGCGGCAGGAGUUUGUGGACCAAAUGAAAGAUCACUGUUUGGAUUUCUUAACGUCCGUUUUGCCAACCUUGAAAGUUGACACGAUCUCGGGCGUGGAAGACGACAUUGCGUACUCGAUUUCCGAAUUCGAUUUGUCGAACUUUCGUGUGAAGAAGGAGCGGGUUAGCGUGCGAAUGGGAACAGUAGUCGACGAAGAAUUAUUCACAGUUCGAGCGACACACUUGACGGCACUUCUCAAGGGUUUUGAUUGGACUUUUGAACAAAAGUAUUUCCCUUAUCUUCAUGGUGGCGGUGUAGCGGAUGCUGCGCUAAGUGGCGGUGUGAUUUCCUUAGGCUUUAAAGCCGAAAAAAAGUCGUGA